GGGGGGGGGGGGGGGGGGGGAGAGGAGAGGAGUGCAGAAGGAACUUGUAGUUUUACGAAUGGUGUGCCUUGCUUGUUAUCUUUCUCUAUAUUGUUUUUCUCUUUCAUUCCAACUUUCCAUUCAUGUAUUUGAAAAGAUGGCGUUGGGAUUGGAUGUUCGAUACUUCAGAUAUUAUUACUACUACUACUUACUUACUUAUCGGUAUUUACUAUGGGGGGGGGCGGGGCAGGAAUGUCUAUACUAUGGAGCAUGAACUACUAAGAACAAUUGAUGCUGUUAUGGAUGUACUGUCUGGCUGUAUAUAGUAAGAGUGAUGUUGAACCCCAGC